AUGGCAGAGCUUUCUGAGACAGAAGGACCAGUAGAUUGGAAAGAACGAUGUGUAGCCCUGGAGUCCCAGCUCAUGAAAUUUAGAGUUCAAGCGAGCAAGAUACGAGAGCUCUUAGCAGAGAAGAUGCAGCAGCUUGAGAGACAAGUUAUUGAUGCUGAACGUCAAGCAGAAAAGGCUUUCCAACAGGUACAAGUUAUGGAAGAAAAAUUAAAAGCAGCUAAUAUUCAAACCAGUGAAUCAGAGACGAGGUUGUAUAAAAAGUGUCAAGAUCUGGAAACCCUAAUACAGGAAAAAGAUGACAUCAUUCAAAACUUGGAACUGCAACUUGAGGAGCAGAAACAAAUAAGGAUUCAAGAAGCUAAAAUAAUAGAAGAGAAAGCAGCUAAGAUCAAAGAAUGGGUAACAGUUAAGUUGAAUGAGCUGGAACUGGAGAAUCAGAAUCUUCGUUUGAUCAACCAAAACCAAACCGAAGAGAUAAGAACAAUACAGUCAAAAUUACAAGAAGUUCAAGGAAAGAAGUUGUCCACUGUCUCCACACCAAAGCUCACAGAAGGCCAGCAUCUGAGCAGUCUGACCUUUGGGUGCUUUUUAUCCCGAGCAAGGAGUCCUCCUCAAGUUGUAAAAUCUGAGGAAACGAGCAAGAUAUCAUCUAAAGAACCUGAGUUCACUGAAGGAAAAGACAUAGAAGAAAUGGAAAUACCAGGAAAGUUUGUCGAUAACCAAAUUCAAGAAAACAACCGAGCUCAGAGAACAUUGCAUCAAGUGCCUUGUGUCUCAGAGCAGAAUCAGAAAACAAGGACAAGCUUUGUGACGGAUGGUGGCAUAUCUCAGAAUUCUGGGGCUCCUGGGAGUGACUGGAGUUCCGAUGAGGACGACGGGAGCAAAGGAAGAUCCAAGUCCAGGUACACGUCCACCCUUUCCAGCCACACAUCAGAGGAGGGGGUCCAGUGUAGCAGAAUGGGCAGUGAGACGUAUCUGACAGCCUCUGAUGACAGCAGUUCUAUAUUUGAAGAAGAGACUUUUGGCAUAAAGAGACCAGAACACAAGAAGCUGUAUUCUUGGCAACAGGAGGCACAGUGGAGUCCUCUCGGAAAGGGAAAUUCCAAAUCAAGUAAAAAGGAGCACGAUAGUUCCUCAGACGAACUGAAUAAAAAAUUUCAGUCUCAGAGACUGGAUUAUUCAUCUUCAUCGAGUGAAGCCAACACCCCAAGCCCUAUUCUGACCCCAGCUUUGAGUCCAAAGCAUCCUAACUCACUCACUGGAAAAGGCACAGAACUAGUGCCCCCCUCAAACCUGCCACUUCCCAAAUUAAGGGUUCCUAAUGUUUUCAGCUUAAGUGUAGCUCUAGCCAAAAGACACCUAAGCCAGCCACAGUUAAGUUCCGACAGGAUGUUUGGUACAAACAGAAAUGCUAUAAGCAUGAUCCGGCCACUGAGACCUCAGGAAACAGAUCUUGAUCUAGUUGAUGGCGACAGUACAGAAAUUUUAGAGACUAUGGACACUAGUUGUGCUGAUGGAUUAUUUUCCUACGGCUCCCUGGAGUCCCCGUGUUCAGACGACCAGGAAACCUGCAACUCAGCAAAGAAGGCGGCCUGUGGCAAACCUCCAACUCCUCCCCUGCACCGGUUUCCCUCUUGGGAAAGCAGAAUUUAUGCUGUAGCCAAAUCAGGCAUUCGAAUGUCUGAGGCCUUCAAUAUGGAGAAUGUUAAUAAAAAUUCUGUUGCAGUGCUUUCCUAUACCACAUCAGCACUUUAUACAUCACUGAUAUACAAGAAUAUGACAACCCCAGUGUACACAACUUUAAAAGGGAAGGCGACCCAGAUAAGCAGCAACCCAUUCCUGGAUGACUCCUCUGGGUCAGAGGAAGAAGAUAGUUCCAGAUCCAGCUCCCGGACUUCAGAGUCAGACUCUCGCAGUCGGAGUGGGCCAGGCAGUCCCAGAGCAAUGAAACGAGGUGUGUCUCUCUCUUCUGUGGCUUCUGAAAGUGAUUAUGCUAUUCCCCCAGAUGCUUACUCCACAGACGUAGAGUGCUCACAGCCAGAGCAGAAGCUCCCGAAAACUUGCUUGUCUUCCAGUGAUAAUGGGAAAAAUGAACCACUGGAAAAAUCUGGCUACUUAUUAAAAAUGAGUGGUAAAGUCAAGACUUGGAAGCGGAGAUGGUUUGUUCUUAAAGGUGGUGAAUUACUUUACUACAAAUCUCCGAGUGAUGUAAUCAGAAAACCCCAGGGCCAUAUUGAACUUAGUGCAUCCUGCAGCAUUUUAAGAGGAGAUAACAAACAAACAGUUCAGUUGACCACUGAAAAACACACAUACUAUCUGACUGCAGAUUCUCCCAAUAUAUUGGAGGAAUGGAUUAAAGUGUUACAGAACGUUCUUCGGGUACAAGCUGCCAACCCCCUUUUCCUCCAACCUGAGGGCAAACCAACGGUGAAGGGAUUGCUCACCAAGGUAAAACAUGGCUACUCCAAGAGAGUCUGGUGUACACUUAUAGGAAAAACAUUAUAUUAUUUUCGUAGUCAAGAAGAUAAGUUUCCUUUAGGUCAGAUCAGACUCUGGGAGGCUAAAGUUGAAGAGGUUGACAGAUCCUGUGAUUCAGAUGAAGAUUAUGAAGCCAGUGGGCGAAGUCUUUUAUCCACACAUUACACUAUCGUGAUCCACCCCAAAGACCAAGGUCCGACUUACCUCCUGAUUGGAUCCAAGCAUGAAAAGGACACUUGGCUUUAUCACCUGACUGUUGCAGCUGGAAGUAACAAUGUAAAUGUUGGAUCUGAAUUUGAACAACUCGUUUGCAAAUUGCUAAAUAUAGAAGGGGAACCUUCAUCUCAGAUAUGGAGACACCCUACUUUGUGUCACAGCAAAGAAGGACUCAUUUCUCCUUUGACGACCCUACCUUCGGAAGCUCUACAGACAGAAGCAAUUAAAUUAUUUAAGACCUGCCAACUUUUUAUAAAUGCAGCAGUUGACUCUCCUGCAAUUGAUUACCACAUAUCUCUAGCCCAGAGUGCUUUGCAAAUCUGUUUGACACAUCCUGAGCUACAGAAUGAAAUUUGCUGUCAGCUCAUUAAACAGACAAGACGGAGACAGCCACAGAAUCAACCAGGACCACUGCAGGGCUGGCAGCUCUUAGCGCUCUGUGUUGGGCUCUUCCUUCCCCAUCACCCUUUCCUGUGGCUCCUCAGGCUCCACCUAAAGAGGAAUGCAGAUUCCAGGACAGAAUUUGGAAAAUAUGCCAUUUACUGCCAACGAUGUGUAGAAAGAACGCAACAGAAUGGAGAUCGAGAAGCAAGACCCUCAAGAAUGGAAAUCCUUUCCACCCUUCUUCGAAACCCGUAUCAUCAUUCUUUGCCCUUCAGUAUCCCCGUACACUUCAUGAAUGGGAUAUAUCAGGUAGUUGGAUUUGAUGCAUCCACCACAGUGGAAGAAUUUUUGAAUACUUUGAACCAGGAUACAGGGAUGAGGAGGCCAGCACAGUCUGGAUUUGCAUUGUUCACAGAUGAUCCUUCUGGCAGGGAUUUAGAGCAUUGUCUUCAAGGAAACAUCAAGAUUUGUGACAUUAUCUCUAAAUGGGAACAGGCUUCUAAAGAACAGCAGCCCGGGAAAUGGGAAGGUACGAGAACUGUUCGUCUCACUUAUAAAAACAGACUGUAUUUCUCAAUGCAAGCUCAUGGAGAGACUGAUAGAGAAAAGCUGCUCUUAAUGUAUCAGACAAAUGAUCAAAUAGUAAAUGGACUUUUUCCUCUGAACAGGGACCUGGCGUUAGAAAUGGCAGCUCUUUUAGCUCAGGUGGAGAUUGGAGAUUUUGAAAGACCUUUUUCUACUCCAGCAGGGCAUGUUACUAAUCAGUACAAAGCAAAUCAAACUAUAAAACAACUCAUAGAGAAAUUUUAUCCUAAAAGGUAUAGAGAUGACUCUUCUGAAGAACAGUUAAGGCAGCUUUGCCAGCGACUGUCAACCAGAUGGAUGGCCCUCCGGGGACACAGUGCUGCUGAUUGUGUGCGAAUCUAUUUGACAGUAGCCAGGAAGUGGCCAUUCUUUGGUGCCAAAUUGUUUCUUGCAAAACCCAUAACCCCAUCAUCACUUGGAAGUACUUUCAUGUGGCUGGCUAUACAUGAGGAUGGUUUAAGCAUCUUAGAAUACAACUCCAUGAGGUUAAUAAUCAGCUAUGUGUACAAGAGUCUAAUGACCUUUGGAGGUUAUCAAGAUGAUUUUAUGAUAGUCAUUAACAAUGCACAUUCAAAGGACAAACCAACAGAGAAAUUACUUUUUGCCAUGGCAAAACCCAAGAUUCUUGAAAUCACUCUUUUGAUCGCCAGCUACAUAAACAACUUCUAUCAGCAGAAGGCGGUUCACCACCUCUCUGCUCCAGCGCUGCUCUCAGCUCGGACACAGGGUCCUCAAGCCAGGGUGAUGGGAAGCCAGCCCCUUCUGUCAAGCAGACCAACCAAAGGCCCCACUUUACUCUGA